AUGGACGCUCUACUACGUCUGGCACGAUUAAAGGAAGAAGAUCUUCUUGGACUUUCUGAAAAAGUCGCGGAAAAUCUUGCCGUCGCAUUCGAUAGCUUAUCUAACGAGGUUUCUGAACUUAAGGACCAACUGCAGAAGUCAGAGUCGGAUAAAGACGAAGCCAUCAAGUCUUUACGCGAAUCCUGCGAUAAGUAUUCUGAGGAGAAUUCCUCAAUCAAUGAAAGUUUACAAACCUUGAGAGCUGCUUUCGAUGCAUUGGAGAAAAGACACAACAGUCUCGUAAAUGAAAAAGAUGACUACGCCAAAAAACUUACCGAUGGACUUUCCAUCUCAAAUGAGCUUGAAUUAGUCAUCAAAAAUCUCGAGAAUGACAAGGAGAGCCUAUCGGAACAGUUAUCACUGAGAACAAAUGAAUUAGAAGAACGUGCUGCUGAAGUGAAACGUCUGAAGGAUGAGGUUUCCGCUACCAGACAAAUGAAGGCCGAUGCCAUUCUCCAACUCGAAGAAGCAAAGGCUCUAAAGUCUACAGUUGAGUUGCGUGGAAAAAAAGCGGAGGAAGGUAUGGAGGCUAUACGUAAACACAAUACAUGGCUUGAGGAGCAACUUAAUGAGGCAAAUGAUAAGCUACUCUCAAUCCGCCGAGAUAACACUGAAAAAUGUCUUGCCCUCGAAAGCGAGUUGUCCACCCGGAAAGCUGAGUUUGAAAAUUCACAGGCCACCAUUUUGAAGUUAGAAGACUUGGUGAAGAAGUUGACUGAGUCGAAUGAGGAUCAUAUCGAGAAAUUGAAACAGCGAACUGAUGAGUUUAUAAACCUAGAGCAACUCCACGCAAACGAACUUGGUGCCCAGAAGCGUCUUACUGAUUUGUAUAAGGAACAAGCGACAGAGGCUGAGAAAAAAGUCGAGCAAAUGCAGAAGGCUGUCGCUCAAAUGCAGGAAUUGCUACAGGCUGGACAUGAACACGUCCUUCAUUUACAAUCUGAAAAGGAAGCCAUGUUGAACGCUUUUACAGCGGAGAAAAAUGAUCUUUUAGAGAAGAGUAAUACAUUGGCGCUUGAACUAAACUCCGCCAAAGAGAUAGUUGAAAAGUUCCGAAUUCAAGGACUGUCUGAAGACGAAUUGCGGAAGCUUAAUCCAGCAGUUGCCACCACUAUUGCCUCGUUAAAGAGGGGUCGCAGCCUAACUCAAAUAUACUCCGAUUACGUGCAAGUCGUGGAAGAACGAGACAUGCUUAAAAUAGACAAAGAGCGUCUCACGGAACACGUUCGAGAAAUGGUCACUCAGCUUGAGGAAAAGGGCCCCCUCUUACGGUCUCAGCAAGAAGCAUUUAUCAAGUCCAAGUCCAGGGUUGAGGAGCUUGAACAUGAAUUUUCAGUGUUGCAGAAUAAUUACAAAGAGCUUCAGGAAAAUGGCGAAGAUUUCAAACGCCGUGCCGGCUACUUCCAACGUCAAAAUUUGAGGUUGAAGCAAAGUUGCCGAGAUAUGUCAACACAGGUUAAAACCCUCCUUCGUGAGUUGGAAAUCGCCCGUGGGACGGUUAUCCGCUCCGAAGAGUCUGACCGGCCCGACAGCAGCAGUAAUGGUGACCGUCUAGCAGACGAGUCUCUAGAUAGUCGCAAGCUUCUGGAUACCUGCAUUGCAGCUAACAGCGUCAUUGACGAUAACCUCGUCACAUUUGCAAGUUUUUCGGAACUCCAGUCGCAAAAUCAGAAAUUGUUGCUCGUCGCUCGGGAUCUGGCAAGUCAGUUGGAAGAUCGCGAGUCUACUGACGAACACCUUGCAAACCGAGUAGCAGAACUGUCUGCCAAAGUGGAUGCUCUCUCCGGUGAGGUCAACGUUGCUCGCCUGGCAGCCAAGGAGGCCCGAAGCGAAGCGGAUCUGGCUAUCAGACAGCGCGAUGCCUAUCAGCGUGUUCUAGAACGUCAUUCUAUUUCUCCCAGUCUUGCAGAUGUCUUCUCGAGUGCUCUCGAGGAGUCCGUUGGCCCCAGACAUUCACUCAGCACGUAUGACAACUUCAGCUUGAUCGCAAACAGGGAUUCUUCCAUAAACACUUCAAUGAAUGUGACCACUCUACAGUCGUCCCCAGCUGUCAGCAAACUGGAAGAAUCGCUCUGUUCUCUACACUCAGAUUUUCAACAGUAUCGUGAAGAGAAGGCAAAAACCGAUGCAGUCUACACAGAGACCGUUGAAAAGCUUCGCGCAGAAGCGAGUGAAGCACGAGUUCUCAAUCAAAAACUCGCAUCACAGGAGGCUGCUAGAACUGCAGAUCGUCUUACUGCGGCCGAGGCUGAUUCUCGCCAACUGUCCAGACAACUGGAGCAUUCCAGGGCCAAUGAAACUCGCCUGACGCAGGAGCUAGAGUCCUUACGCAAGCAGGCCGUUAUGCAUGAACAAUUGAUGCACCAGCUCCAGCUCAUCCAAUCUAAUCUGGACCAACGGGAGGAGAUGGAGAAGCGUCAUGCAGAGCGUCGCGUGACCUCUCUUGAGACGGAAUUAGCUGAAGUUCGCCGCAAGUCUGACGAAAAACUAGAAGCGGCCAACGCGCAAAGUUCUACCCUUCAAAGAGAGCUACUGUUGGCUCGACAGUCACUCAAGGCCUCUGAAGAUGAGGUGGUGGAACUUCGGGCCUCACUUGCAGAAGCAGCCAAACAACACGCACCGUCUCCAAAAGACGCAACUUACUUUGCUAGGGUGUAG